AGACACUGCCAGCCAUGUCCUGCCUCGAAAAAUACAAUUAUUGGUUUUUUUGCAUUUAAACCCACAUCCCAAGAUCAUUCUUGGUGGUAUAUUAAGUUAGAUUUAAUACAUUUUUUUUUACGCAUAUAACAGGACUUUAAGGGGAAGGAUAGUAAAAUGUCUUCGCCCCAGCAGGAGAGGAGGUCUGGCGUUCAGCUGGUGAGCGCGCUGCUGCUGUUGCUCUCGCUCUCUGGUUGUUUGAGCAUGGAUGUGCUAGUGCCCAAUGACAUCAAUGCACUUAAUGGAACAACUAUCAUAAUCCCCUGCACCUUCACUUCCUGCUAUAAGAUUGACCUCACCAAGUUUGCUAUGAAUUGGACUUAUCAAGAGACCCUUAACAAUACAGAGGAAAAGUUUAUGACUUAUGAUAAGAAAAAAGGAAUGCAACCAGUGCCUUCAAACCGGUUUGGAGAAAGAGUUGUGUUUUCUGGGAACCUGGAUAAGAAUGACUUAUCAAUCACGCUGCAGGAUGUUCAACUGGAGGAUGAGGGGAUUUACAACUGUUAUGUGAGGAACCCCCCAGAUCGCAUCCAAGGACAUGGUCUCAUUAACUUCAAUGUUGUCACAGAACUUCCCCCUCCAAGAGAUUCAACCAUUGCUGUUGCCAUUGGGGCAUCAGUGGGUGGAGCUUUAGCUCUGCUAAUCCUUUCGAUGGUGGUGGUGAAAUGUCUUCGCCGACAUCGGAAGCAAGAACUGAUUUCUGAGGAAAAGAUGGAGGAGGAAGGAAAGCUUGAGCCUGAAGCUGUUGCAGAAGAGGGAACCAAAUUACCAUAGUAACCUGAACCAGUGUCUAUGGAUCUUCAACUUCCAGCUCCUUGUUUGAGAUGUGCAACCCCUCCUUCAAAAGUUAUAGUAACCACUGCUUGAAUCAUAUCACUGACCACAUCUAUUUGCAUGUGUGUGCCUGUCUGUGUGCCUAAUGCACAAAAGAGGGAAAUAUUGUGUUUGUGAGGACUGAAUGUAUCGAUGUACAUGCACAUAUUCAUCUAGGUAUGCAUGGGAUAUCCGUUUUUAGUUUUUUUUCUUUAACAAAUCAGGGACUUAAAACUCCUGAAUUUGAUGUUUUGAACCUCCAAAAUUUGAUCAAUAAUAUACACUCUUCUUGCCAUUUCCAGAGCACCUUCAACAGGGUAGAAAGAUCUAAAAUAACUUUUUAAAGUUAUACGUUAAACAUUGCAAUAAAUUUGCUCUCACUGAUAUUUAACAGCUUAGGCUGCAGUAGUCUGGGCAUUUUUAAUAAAAAUUUGACAGUAGAUGUUAACAACAAGUCAAACAUUCGGACCCACCUUUGUCAUUCAAUUUCUUUGUGAAUUCUGCAUUGUUAAAAGGUAAUAAGUGAAGAGAUACAAAACUAUUAAGAAAAAGUAUAUAGAAUGAUGUACCAAACAAAACA